GGGAGGGGCGGGCUGCUCGCCUGGGCAGGGCAGAGGAAGGGGGCGGUGGCCGAGUGACGACGUUCCGGCCUCACCCCCUCACCUGCUUGCGGAAGCAUGGGUGAGCAGCCCCCCAUAGAGAUGAGCUGCCUGGCCAAGAAGUUGGAGGCUCUGCAGUCCGACUCGGAGUCCGCCUGCCGCGUGGAGGACGAGGAGGAGGAGGGGGGGGGCGACGCCGCCGCCCGCUUCUGGGAGGCGCCCGACUUCUGCAUGGCGUGCGCCCAGCGGCACGGCCCGUCCGAGGGCCACGCGUACGACUACCGGCAGGAGGUUGACGAGGACCUGACGUGCCGCGUGUGCCUGGAGCCGCUGCUGGGCCCGCUGGACACGCCGUGCGGACACACCUACUGCCGCGAGUGCCUGCGCGGGAUCGCGGCUCGCGCCGCGGACGACCCGUGCCCACGGUGGGUCUUUGUCCGGCGAGCAGGCGAGAACGGAGAGGGAAAUCGGACCGAUGAUGACGACGACGACGAUGACGACGAUGAAGACCUGGAGGUCUGCUGCCCCUUGGACAGGGAGCCGUUCCGUCUCUUCGAAUGCUCCUCGUCCAGCUUCCUCGUGAAACGCCUCCUGGACAAGCUCAUGGUCGGCUGUCCCCUCUGUCCCGACGGCGAGAUGCAGCGGAGCGACCUGGAAGAACACCUGCGUAACAGGUGA